GGAGAGCCGGGCUGGGGCUGGGCGCACGUCGAGGGCUUUGGCCGACGCGGCAGAGCACAGCUGCCCCACCGGCUUUGGGCCCGGGAUCCAGGCGUCUGGACACAGGUCGAGCUGUCGGCAGGGCAGAGCCACAGGGCCUACAAAGAUGCUGGCUGUCCCGGAGAUGGGCCUGCAGGGGCUGUACAGCGGCUCCAGCCCAGAGCGGUCUCCAGUGCCCAGCCCACCCGGCUCCCCAAGGACCCAAGAAAGCUGUGGCAUUGCCCCCCUCACACCCUCACAGUCUCCAAAGCCUGAGGCCCGAGCCCCCCAGCAGGCCCCCUUCUCCGUGGUAGUGGCCAUCGACUUCGGUACCACAUCCAGUGGCUAUGCCUUCAGCUUUGCCAGUGACCCUGAGGCCAUCCACAUGAUGAGGAAAUGGGAGGGCGGGGACCCAGGUGUGGCCCACCAGAAGACCCCCACCUGCCUGCUGCUGACCCCAGAGGGUGCCUUUCACAGUUUUGGCUAUACAGCCCGUGAUUACUACCACGAUCUGGACCCUGAGGAGGCUCGUGACUGGCUCUACUUUGAGAAGUUCAAGAUGAAGAUCCAUAGUGCCACUGAUCUCACCUUGAAGACCCAGCUAGAAGCGGUAAAUGGAAAGAAAAUGCCUGCUCUGGAGGUGUUCGCCCAUGCCUUGCGCUUCUUCAAGGAACAUGCCCUUCAGGAGCUGAGGGACCAGUGCCCAUCGCUGCCAGAGAAGGACACUGUGCGCUGGGUGUUGACAGUGCCGGCCAUCUGGAAACAACCAGCUAAGCAGUUCAUGCGAGAGGCUGCCUACUUGGCCGGACUGGUGUCAAGAGAGGAUGCAGAGCAAUUACUCAUCGCCCUGGAGCCUGAGGCCGCCUCUGUCUACUGCCGCAAGCUGCGUCUGCACCAGCUCGUGGACCUGAGCAGCCGAGCUCCAGGCAGCGGGCGCCUGGGCGAGCGCCGCUCCAUUGAUUCCAGCUUCCGUCAGGCCCGAGAGCAGCUUCGAAGGUCCCGCCACAGCCGCACGUUCCUGGUGGAAUCGGGUGUCGGAGAACUGUGGGCUGAGAUGCAAGCAGGAGACCGCUACGUGGUGGCAGACUGCGGGGGAGGCACGGUGGACCUUACCGUGCACCAGCUGGAGCAGCCCCAUGGCACCCUCAAGGAGCUCUACAAGGCAUCUGGUGGCCCCUGUGGCGCGGUGGGCGUGGACCUGGCCUUCGAGCAGCUGUUGGGCCGCAUCUUCGGCGAGGACUUCAUCGCCACCUUCAAAAGGCAACGCCCAGCAGCCUGGGUGGAUCUGACUAUAGCCUUCGAGGCCCGCAAACGCACCGCAGGCCCACACCGUGCGGGGGCGCUCAACAUCUCGCUGCCCUUCUCGUUUAUUGACUUCUACCGCAAGCAGCGAGGCCACAACGUGGAGACAGCCCUGCGCAGGAGCAGCGUGAACUUCGUGAAGUGGUCCUCACAGGGGAUGCUCAGGAUGUCUUGUGAGGCCAUGAACGACCUUUUUCAGCCCACGGUCAGCGGGAUCAUCCAGCACAUAGAGGCGCUGCUGGCGCGCCCCGAAGUGCAGGGCGUGAAGCUGCUGUUCCUGGUGGGCGGCUUCGCAGAGUCGGCCGUGCUGCAGCACGCGGUGCAGGCAGCACUGGGUGCCCGCGGUCUCCGCGUGGUGGUUCCGCACGACGUGGGCCUCACCAUCCUAAAGGGCGCGGUGCUCUUCGGGCAGGCUCCGGGCGUGGUUCGGGUGCGCCGCUCGCCGCUCACCUACGGCGUGGGCGUGCUCAACCGCUUUGUGGCUGGGCGCCACCCGCCCGACAAGCUGCUGGUUCGCGACGGCCGCCGCUGGUGCACCGACGUGUUCGAGCGCUUCGUGGCCGCCGAGCAGUCGGUGGCCCUGGGCGAGGAGGUGCUGCGCAGCUACUGCCCAGCGCGCCCAGGCCAGCGGCGCGUGCUCAUCAACCUGUACUGCUGCGCCGCCGAGGACGCGCGCUUCAUCACCGACCCAGGCGUGCGCAAGUGCGGCGCGCUCAGUCUAGAGCUCGAGCCCGCCGAGGGAGGCCCCCAUGCCGCCGGCGCGCCCCCUAGCCGCCGCGAGAUCCGCACUGCUAUGCAGUUUGGCGACACCGAGAUUAAGGUCACUGCCGUCGACGUCAGCACCAAUCGCUCCGUGCGCGCCGCCAUCGACUUUCUUUCCAAUUGAGGGCGCAGUGCCAGCCCCCGUCGGCCCCGCUGAACUCUCUUUCGGCCCAGGGCCUGGGGAGCGGGCUGAGGCGGACCAACCGGCCCCAUUCCCCACCAUCCUGCCCCGGGAGGUGAGGUCACAGGAGGAUGGGUGGGGACAUAUCCAGAAACUCUGGCUUUAGGAUUGGGCCCCGGUCCGCUGACUGGAAGGCUGAAGGGCCCUGCCAAGGACUGAGGUCAAGGAGACUUAAAAGAGGUUUGCAAGACGGCGUGCCCACAGGGAGCACAUGAUCCUGAAAGCAGAAUGCACCGGAAGACUUGAGCCCUGGUCUGAACUGGGGUCCGGGAUGGGAGUGGGGGGGUGGGGGUGCAGCUGCAGGUGGGGCAGCAAGAGGAAGGAGGUUGUGCAGGACCUGGGCCUGAAGGGCGGAGUGCACUGACUGACUGGCUCAGCCUGUUUAGGGAGCCAGACAGGACAAGGACUGGAAACUGACAGGAAAGGGACAGGGGUAGUAAGACCUUCCUGGGUGUGGUACUGACCACCCAAGUAUGAAUGUUAAUUGUAGAAAGAGCAGUAGCAGACUAUGAGAAGGGUACAGGGCGAGGCACUUAUGAGGGGGAUGUGGGGGCACAUGUCGGGGGGGGGCCUUUCCUUUCUAUCUGAGAAGGCCCCAGGGGCAGCCUAUGAAUGACCCACUUGCACUCCAUCGAGCCACGGAGUGGGGGGAGGGUAGGGAGGACAGAGGGAGCACUGGUCGCAGCUCUGCCAUCAACUCAGUGUACCUGCCCUCCCAUGAUGUGCAACAGCUCCACCUGCCUGAGAACCCUAAGGUGACAAUAAAGCAUUUAUGCUCAAGGUGAAGCUAUAGCCUCCUGGUACCUCACAAGAGGGGACCCUAAUAGUGGAGUAGUGGAGAGGGGCUGGGAUCUGCAAAGGGAGGUUUUCAGCUGUGCCUGGGGCUGGGAACUGACCAGAAGGGGGUGCUGCUGUCUCUGGGUCAAGCCUCCCAAACUGAACGCCCCAUUCCACAAGACCUCUCUCUGACCUGGGCAGAAGGCCCCUCCCCAUCCAAACUCUGUCUUGGCAACUAUU